GCUCGAAGCCGGUCCGGUUCUGCAGGCAAAACUCCAGACUCACCCUCUCUCUCUCCUCCUUCUCUCUCUCUCUCUCUUUCUCUCUCUCUCUCGUCUCGGUUUUGAAUCUUCAGAACAGUUGGUUGUUUUUCAGUUGGUGCUAAAUUGCGCCGGCGGUGGAUCCAGUGGUAAGUUAAUGUGCGCCGUGAGUGUUUUGCGCGCGAGAUGCCGCCGGUGUGCUCGAUAAUACCAGCCACGUUAGUUAUAAGAAUCUGACGUUGGUGUCGAACCAGUCUAUCAGUCGGUUUUCUAAAUGGACGGUCAGAAAAGCCAGGCGAACCUCACGAGGACCCAGUCGUCGCUGCUGCGGUCGUCGCCGACGAUUCGAUCCUCCAUUCACAGCCUCAACUCCGUCACGGAGGAGGACGUCGCCGCCGCCAACGAAAACCACCACCACCUCGACGAUGAAGAAGAGCUGAGGCCCAAGAAUUACAAUCCCGCGCUGACCCACCAUAAAUCCGGGUCUACCCGGAUCAGCCACCAGCACCUACCGAUGGCCGCCAUCACACUCUUCAUCCUCUUCAGCUUCUCCGGCUUCUUCUUCUUCUUCUACCUCCGCCGCGAAGAAAUACCCACCUCCGAAAACCUCCUUCUGGCGCUGGCCUUCUUCGCGGUCACGCUUUUCUUGGCGAACAAGAACAAGGGUCUGAUCAACCACAGCGUCUCCGUCCUCAAGCACUCCUGGGACGAGAAUGCGAAGUGGUGCCGCUUCCACCGGUUCUAUAAGACCAACAGCAGCACGAAGCCGGUCCAGUGGUUCAUCGGGUCGGACUCGAACCCGGACAAGACCCGGAUGGAGAAGGAGAUCUUAAGGGAAGGGGUCGAAUUCUACAGCAAUGGGGAUUUCUACGAGGGUGAAUUUCACAAUGGGCAGUGCAAUGGCAGUGGGGUCUAUAAUUACUUCGUCAACGGCAGAUACGAGGGGGAUUGGAUCGACGGCCGAUACGACGGCUACGGGAUUGAGGGCUGGGCGAGAGGGAGCAGAUACAAGGGGCAAUACAGGCAAGGAUUGAGGCAUGGUUAUGGGGUUUAUAGAUUCUCGGCGGGGGAUUCGUAUGCAGGGGAGUGGUGCAAUGGGCAGAGCCACGGCGUCGGAGUGCAGACUUGCUCCGAUGGCAGCUGCUAUGUUGGUGAAUUCAAGUAUGGCGCCAAGCACGGCCUCGGUUGCUACCAUUUCAGAAAUGGAGAUAGAUACGCCGGAGAAUACUUCGGAGACAAAAUGCAUGGAUUCGGCAUCUACCACUUUGCCAACGGUCAUUGUUACGAGGGGUCAUGGCACGAAGGUCGUAAUCUAGGCUAUGGCGUUUACACUUUCCGAAAUGGCAAUGCAAGAUGCGGUAUAUGGGACGGUGGCACCCUUAAGCACCCUCUUCUGCCGCUAACCGAUGCAGUUGUUCGAGCUGUUCAGGCUGCUGGGAAAGCUGCAGAGAAUGCUGUCAACCUCCCGCGGGUGGAUGAACAAGUGAACAAGGCAGUCAUGGCCGCGAACAGAGCUGCCACUGCCGCCAGAGUUGCUGCUGUUAAAGCCGUUCAAAACGGAAUGGACGGAAAAUUUUGUGAUACGAAUGUCUAGAAGACAUUUUUCUUUCAGUAGUGUAAAUUUUUCACUAAUUUGAAGUGUGCUUUCGAGAAUGUCAACCCGGCGAGCAAACGCUCAUCGGAGGUUGAGAGAGUGUUAGAGGGCUUGGAUCAUCACACCGUAACUUGUACAUACACCAUGUAUAUCAAAUGGAAGAAGAGAUUUCAGACAAGUAUUUGCACCUUUCCCCUUUGUGAUGCAUUUUUCUUCCGCAUCAAGUUACAUUAUUGUGUUGUUGCAAUCAUGAGACCAA